CAAUGCAGGGUUGACAGAACCGGAUAUGGUCAUACAUCUUCCUGGUUCUGGUAAGAACUUAGUUUUGAACUAGCUGAACUUUGUUUAUUAAGCAUGCAGGGGGUCCACCCAGUUGAGCAUUACAACAAUCUAUAGAUGCCAUGAAUGCAGGAACUAACUCCUGAAUGUUCCGCAUUUGUCAAUGAGAGCAUAUGGCGUAAUUUACGAUAUUUUUCCGAUGGAAAAAUGCGGUUUUACAGAUACUAGACACAUGACUUUCAUAGAGAGUACCUGUCUCAAACAGUUCAUAUGAAUUAAAUGGUACAGUCUCUAAAAUAGAAUUAGGCCUACUGAGUUCUGCCACGAGAGCGCGCACUGGUCGCCUUAAUGUAGACAGAGCUGUUUUGCGCAGAUCUAUCUGCUUUACAUUGAAGCGAAUUUAUAAAUCUGUGUGUUUAUGAUUCACCGAGACCGUUUUAUUUUACUGUGUGAGUGAACAUUAUUUCUCAACUGCUACAUUUGGGCAAUUUUGCAACCGCUAGCUGCGAAUCAGAUUCAGUGUAUGACACCUUCAUCAGGCCCCGCCCCUUUCUUUAAUACAUACCUGUGAAGCGCGUGCACAGACAGAACUGAUACCAGUUCACGGUCCAGUGUGUGUGAUCGCCACAUCUUCUUUAUUAUUUUUAUUUAAUUACUUUUUGUUUCUAAGUAUCCUUACCCAUCGAGGUUGUCUGGGAAUAUUUUUCACCUUUGCAGAAACGUUAAUUGGAAACGUUAUUCCCCAGAAUGAUGAACACCCGCCGCGGGUCAUAGAAGAGAAGCUCAAGAUAAACUGAUCAUCUCAAACAACAUGGAGUUCUUGCUGGCUCACCCGGCCCUGAAGGCGUUCAUGUGUGGCUCUCUGAGCGGGACGUGCUCCACACUGCUCUUCCAGCCCCUGGACCUGCUGAAGACGCGCCUGCAGACGCUACAGCCCGGGUCGGGUCGGGUUGGCUUGGUCGAGGUGUUUGUGAGUGUCCUACGGACGGAGAAGCUCGUGGGACUGUGGAGAGGUGUCUCACCUUCGUUUGUGCGCUGUAUUCCAGGAGUCGGGAUCUACUUCAGCACAUAUUUCACACUAAAGCAGCAUUUCUUCGCGGAUGGGGCCCCGGGGCCCCUGCAUUCAGCGCUGCUGGGAGCCGGAGCCAGAUGUGUGGCCGGCGUCUGCAUGCUGCCCGUCACCGUCAUCAAAACACGCUUCGAGAGCGGCCGCUAUCAGUACCGCAGUGUGUCAGGCGCGCUGCGGUCCGUGUGUCAGACGGAGGGACCCAAGGCCCUGUUCUCCGGUCUGACGGCCACACUCCUCAGAGACACACCGUUCUCCGGGAUAUACGUCAUGAUCUACAGCCAGACCAAAUACUCACUGCCACCAGAGAUCAGUCAGUCGUCUUACGCUCCGCUGGCUAACUUCAGCUGUGGGGUUCUGGCCGGCGUCUUGGCCUCCGUCCUGACCCAGCCGGCGGAUGUGGUGAAAACUCAUGUUCAAGUGAGUCCAGACGUCUUCAGCAGGACGUCAGAUGUGCUGCGAUACAUUUACAAGGAUCAGGGUUUGGUUGGUUUCUUCCGCGGUGCGGUUCCUCGCUCUCUGAGGAGAACACUAAUGGCGGCGAUGGCCUGGACGGUGUACGAGCAGCUGAUGGCUCAGAUGGGCCUCCAGUCCUGAGAGCGAUCACACAUCACACUCGAUAUUCACACGGGACGCCUGGUGUUUCAGUGUUUCACUCUGAGGUCCUCCACGGUGAAGAUCGUGUGUCCAGAGAAAUUGAUCACAAACAGCUUUGAUUCUCAAUCACGGUGAACUGAAGCGAGAAACAUCUUGAACAGAUAUUGAGUUUUCAAACGCACUUUAAUAUGUCAGCUCAGCUUGUCUUGUCUGUUUUUGGGUAAAUUACGCUGCUUAUUAACAUGUUAUCCAGUGUCGCCUCAUGGGCUGGUUUAAGACAGUCAUAGGCUAAUCUGUUUGAUUUUAUAGUAUUAUGUUGCAGAUUAUGGUUGAUAGGUUAACUUAAUAUGUUGUUUGAGUAAAAUUAUUAUUAUUAAAGCCAACAUGAAACAGAA